AUGUCUGAGGCCCCGGCUCAGCCCGUUCCAGAAACAAACACCCCUGUCCAAACGCCCUCGGCAGAGUCUUUUGAGAAAAGCGAAAUGCUCCGCUCUCCACAGCCGGAGACCAGCGCGUCUGAAGCUCCAGAGAAGCCUCUCUCGCCUCCAAACCCAUCCCCUUCUCCUGAAAAGCACAAGCUAGAAGAUGAAGAUGUGGAGGAUGGCGAGGCCAAGAAGCAAAAGACUGAAGAGCCUGUGGAAGAUGGUGCUGUUCCACCUGCCAAUGGCGCAGACUCGGAUCUCACUCCCGCGCCAAAGCCUCCUACUGAGCCAGACAUGAAUAAUCUUCCUGAGACGCCAAUGCCUAAGCACCAGGCCAAGUUUGUGCUCAACACCAUCAAGGCCAUCAAGAGGUUAAGAGACGCUGGGCCCUUUUUGCAUCCCGUUGAUGUCGUAAAGUUGAAUGUUCCCUUGUAUUACAACUAUAUCAAGCGACCAAUGGACCUUUCUACAAUCGAAAGAAAACUUAAUCUCAAUGCGUACGAGGACCCACUGCAGGUUGUUGAUGAUUUUAAUCUCAUGGUGAGCAAUUGUCUCCGUUUCAAUGGAGAGAACUCUGGCAUUUCUCGCAUGGCUAAGAACAUUCAAGCGCAGUUUGAAAAGCAUAUGCUUAAUAUCCCACCAAAGGUUAUGGUUGGCAACGGAGCUGCUUCUGUGGCAAACGCCAAUGUAAGGAGAAGAAACGUGGUUGGCGAUGAUAAGAAGGAAUCGGUGGCCGCACACAGACCCAAAAGAACUAUUCAUCCUCCGAGAUCUAAGGAAUUACCAUACGAUGUAAGACCACGCAAAAAGAAGUAUGCGGUUGAGUUGCGCUUCUGCAACCAGGUGAUCAAGGAGUUGAUGUCAAAGAAGUUUUAUUCAAUCAACUUUCCCUUCUUGCAACCAGUUGACCCGGUCGCACUCAACAUUCCAAAUUAUUUUGACAUUGUCAAGGAGCCUAUGGAUCUUGGAUCUAUUCAAACGAAACUUGCAAACAAUCAGUAUGAAAAUGGUGAUGAGUUUGAGAAGGACGUGCGUUUAGUGUUUAAGAACUGUUACCUUUUCAAUCCAGAGGGUAAUGAUGUGCAUUCAAUGGGUCAGCGACUCGAGCAGGUGUUUGACAAGAAAUGGGCUAACAAGCCUGUUCCUGCAGCCACCCCAACACAUAGCGAGAAUGAAGACUCAAGCGAUUAUGAUGAUGACGAUGAACCAGAAAUCAACGAGGCGAUGUUGUCCAACAUUCCGGCAAUCCAGUUCUUGGAGAACCAGUUGGUGCGUAUGAAGAAGGAACUUGACGAGUUGAAAAAACAACACUUGGAAAAAUUGCGCGAGCAACGCGACGCCAAGCGGAAGAAGAGGAAGUCUAAGAAGGCCAAGAAGGCACGGUCUAGCUCAGUUGCGGAGGCUGGUGUCGAGAGUCAGCCAGUGGUGACAUAUGAGAUGAAGAAGCAGGUGAGUGAGAUUGUGCCUACAUUAAAUGACAAGAAGCUUCAAGCAUUGAUCAAAAUCAUCAAAGAUGAUGUUGUCAUUAGCGAUGAGGAAGAGGUGGAGUUGGACAUGGACCAGUUGGAAGACCGGACUGUUUUGAAGCUCUACAACUUUUUGUUUGGCAAGAAGGCUGCCUCGCACGCAAUGAAGAAGACGAAGAAGUCGCAGUACUCGUCGGGCAACAUUGACCAAUUGGAGCAGUUGCGGUCGCAGCUUCAGCUCUUUGACGAUGCCGAGCGGGGUCUGCCUGCGGGCGGAUUUGACCUCAAUGCUAUUCCUGCGCAGGAGUCGUCAGAGGACGACUUGCUGUCGGAAUCGUCGGAGGAGGAGUAA